AGCCCUGAGGGUCUGGCCGGGGGGGCGGCGCGCUCAGCAUCUCGGUGACUGCGCCUCUGCGCCCCCGUCUCGCCGCGGCUCCGGGGAUGCGCGGAGGCGGCGACGGCGAUGGCGAUGAUGCCUCUAGCCCAGCAUUAUCCCGGGCAGCGGGCAGAGCUGGGGUUCGGGCUGCAAAAUGGAGGAGGAGGGGCGGCGCUGCGGCCACCCGGCAGGCUUAUUUGCCUUGGACCUCUUUUGACACAUACCUGCUCAUCUGUGAGUUGAGGACCUGACUCCCUUCCCACUGAGUAUUUUUGAGGAAUAAAAGGAAGAGGUCAUUCUCUUUGAAGAUGAACUCAACGGACCACCUUCAGAAUGCUCCCAAUGCCACGUCACUACACGAGCCUCACUCACAGGGAGAAAACAGCACCUCUCUCCAGGAGGACCUCCAGGAUCUCAUCCACACAGCCACCUUGGUAACCUGUACUUUUCUACUCGUGAUCAUCUUCUGCCUGGGCUCUUACGGCAACUUCAUUGUCUUCUUGUCCUUCUUUGAUCCAGCCUUCAGGAAAUUCAGAACCAACUUUGAUUUCAUGAUCCUGAACUUGUCUUUCUGUGAUCUCUUCAUUUGUGGUGUGACAGCUCCCAUGUUCACCUUUGUGUUGUUCUUCAGCUCAGCCAGUAGUAUUCCAGAUACUUUCUGCUUCACCUUUCAUCUCACCACAUCAGGCUUCAUCAUCAUGUCCCUCAAGACAGUGGCCGUGAUUGCCCUCCAUCGGCUCCGCAUGGUGUUGGGAAAGCAGCCCAAUCGCACAGCCUCCUUUCCCUGCACAUUGCUCCUUACUCUGCUUCUGUGGGCCACCAGCUUCACCCUUGCCACCAUGGCUACCCUGAAAACCAGCAAGUCCCACCUGUGCCUUCCCAUGUCCAGUUUGAUUGCUGGAGAAGGGAAAGCCAUUCUGUUGCUCUAUGUGGUUGACUUCACCUUCUGUGUUGCGGUGGUCUCUGUGUCUUACAUCAUGAUUGCUCAGACCCUGCGCAAGAAUGCUGAAGUCCGAAAGUGUCCCUCUGUGAUCACAGUUGAUGCUUCUAGACCACAGCCUUUUGUGGGAGCCCCUGUGAAGGGAAGUGAUCCCAUCCAGUGCACCAUGCCAGCUCUCUACAGGAACCAGAAUUACAACAAACUGCAGCACAUUCAGACUCAUGGAUAUACCAUGAGUCCCAACCAGCUGCCAAUCUCUGCAGCCAGCCGGCUCCAGCUGGUAUCAGCCGUCAAUCUCUCCACUGCCAAGGACUCCAAAGCAGUGGUCACCUGUGUGAUCAUUGUGCUGUCGGUCCUGGUUUGCUGUCUUCCACUGGGGAUUUCCUUGGUGCAGGUGGUUCUGUCCAACAGUGGGAGCUUCAUCCUUUAUCAGUUUGAACUGUUUGGAUUUACCCUUAUCUUUUUCAAGUCAGGAUUAAACCCUUUUAUAUAUUCCCGGAAUAGUGCAGGGCUCAGAAGGAAAGUGUUCUGGUGCCUCCAAUACAUAGGCCUAGGCUUUUUCUGUUGCAAACAGAAGACCCGACUUCGAGCCUUGGGGAAAGGGAACCUGGAAAUCAACAGAAAUAAGUCCUCUCAUCAUGAAACAAACUCUGCCUACAUGUUGUCUCCAAAGCCACAGAAGAAAUUCAUGGAUCAGGCUUGUGGCCCAAGUCAUUCCAAGGAAAGUAUGGUAAGUCCUAAGAUCUCUGCUGGACAUCAGCACUAUGGUCAGAGCAGCUCAACCCCUAUCAACACACGGAUUGAACCAUACUACAGCAUCUAUAACAGCAGCCCUUCCCAGGAAGAGAGCAUCCCACAUAACUUACAGCCAGUAAAUGCUUUUGGAUUUGCCCACUCAUACAUUGCCAUGCAUUAUCACACCACUAAUGAUUUAAUGCAAGAAUAUGACAGCACUUCAGCCAAGCAGAUUCCAGUUCCCUCUGUUUAAAGUCCUGGAUACUAGAGAAUCUCAUAAACUGAUUUUUUUUUUUUUACUUUUGUGAGAUGAGUGGUAUAUUAAAACUUAAAGAUGCAGCUAAACCACUGACAAUUAUGAUUUUCUUUUGUCUGAAGUAUUAGCAUCUAUCGAUUUACUUUGUAGUUCUUCAACAUUUUAAGACUUGGUGUAAAAGCUUAUUAUUUAGAUUUUCACCCU